UUUCUCAUCCCUGCACUCUCAUUUUCGCUUGAGAUGGUAUACGAUUGGGGUGACAAGGAAGCUGAAUGUUUCAGAUUGUAUGUACAGGAAAAGAAGAGCCUGGAUGAGGUGCUGCAGUACUGGCAGCAAAAGGGUUUCACGCCAAGCAAACGGGCUUUCCAGACUCAAUUCAAACGAUGGGGUUUCCCCAGCAAGCAGAACCCCGCACACAAGAACCCCGCCCUCAUUGCACGGGUCAAGCAGCUAUGGGAGAACAAUAUCAUGCAAAAGGACAUGUUAGAAAUACUGCAGAGUGAAGGGUUCCAGAUCAACGAUCGCGAAUUGGUGCGAGUGAGAUUGAAAUUCAAGUGGCUGCUGAGGGAAAGCCGGGCGACCGAACACAACCACGUGCAUGGACCCAUGGAGAAUGCCCCUAAGAAGGAAAGGAGAAAGGUGGUGUCAUGCGGAGGUGACGGAUUUAUCAAUGAGCUCGACAACGCAAUAUUGCAGAAGGAGGAUUCGAGUGAGGAGUACUCUGAGGAAGACUUGAAAGUCGUGGAGUCUACCACACCCUCACGGACACCACCACUACAAACGCACUGUGGCCCUGAAAUCGAACCUGAACCGGCGCCUUUAGAUCCAGAAGAGCUUCGACGGAGACAGGAACGCCUAGUGCAGCUCCAAGCGGAGAGUGACGAACGGUGGCGAACGCGCAAACGACGGCGCCGAACUCGUGGGUGGGCCGGGCUGCCAGCAGAUGCACCAGGAGAGCCUCCCAGAUUCCCUUCGGAGACCACCAUCGACGAAAGCAAAGCAUACCUCAGUCUGAGUAACAAGGAAUACCGUCAAAUCCGAGAACAGUUCCAGGUGAUUUGUGAGGAACAUGGGGUGCUGAAGAAGACCCUUGCUGGGCCAGAAAAAUGGGGCUAUAUCAAAGACCAGCUGAUUCGCAAGAACGAACACUUGUCGAGUGUGUUUCAGCAAGAUCCUGAAGCGAGACAGCAAAACGUGCAAAUGUCAAUGCCAAGCAACGUCAAAGCUUUGUCGCUCGAUGUGAUAUGCCUGGAUGUCACAAAACGCAUGCGAGUACUUGACAAUAGGAUGCGGAUUCCAGAAGCGAAGAAUGCGCUGGGGCUCAAUCCUGAGGAAACUAGGCAGGUCAGAAAGACAUUAGUUGCAAAGUUGAAAGCGGACCAUUUCACAAGCAGAUUGGAGGCUGGUGAUGAGCGCUGGAAUGAGCUCAAGCAGACUUGGAUCCAGGAGUCCGAUCUCCUAUCUACGCUCCUUGCUGCUAGUGCUGCGGAUCCAAAACAUGCAGAAAAGACCAAAGCUGUUGACGUUCUAGCCCGGGAUGUCAUGAAAAGGUUUCGUCAAGAGAACACCAAGAAAGAUCCCUCGCGGAAGGCGGAGGUCAACCAAGGACCUGGACCAGGGCCUGCGCCAGCGUCCGUCGUACGCGUAUCGAAUAGUCUCCUCGGAAACCGAGGCAGGACACCGAGGAGCAGCGCAAAGCCAACGAACAAUGACUUGCUACCAAUUCCGACUUCCUCUGACUUGCAGAUUGACCCUUCGCUACUACUGGCCGCGAAUGACCCAUCAGUGAAUCCUCAUUCAUCGAGUGAUUCUCUCCAACCCCAGGCUCACCACAACCCAUAUGUCCUAGCGUCUCAAUUCUAUUCUGGUGUCCCUCUACCCAUCUAUUUCCGGCUACACCCUCACUCAAGUACCACUGUGCCCAACAAGACCGUGUGGUUGGGUAUCUUGCAGGGGGGCACGGUAGCAGAGAUCAGGAAUCUAGCAACGAGAGAGCAUCCAGGUACUGUGGUCGUCAAGAUUGAGGGUCUGAUUGUGCACAAGAUGGAUCAUAGUGAGAGGGAUAUUUUAUUCACUAUUGAUGAAGAUGAUGAGUUGGCGGCGUAUCUAGGGCAUGUGGGUGGUGGAAAGGCAACGUUUAUUGUGCUAAUGGCUGCUGCACAAGGGGGGGUGUACGUAUAA